CCUGGUGAUAACGGACUUCUAUUGCCUGCGUAUCUAUGUCGUCAUGGAUCGCGAACAUCGCCCACAGCCCACAGCUGCUGCUGUUCUGCAGCCCUUCUGCCUCGCAGCACGGCACCACCACGCCGCUCACCAAUGCGACGCAGUCCGUUUUCGUCAAAAUACCAUGCCUCUUCCUCCCCGUCCUCCCCUGGCCUCACCCCUGUGACUGCGAGUCCGCCCCGAGAUCCAACUUCGCAAGCUUGGUUUUUAAGUUAUCUAUCACCUCACGUUGGUACGCGUACCCAUCUUCCACUCUUUUCUUCGAGAUCCGCUCCAUGUGGAGCUCGCCUUGGAGUUCCUGGAUGCGGUUUUGGUGGAUGGCUUGUCUAUUUAUUAUUUGUUCGAUCCUUUGGCAGCGUUUGGUGUUGUUAAAGAGGAUUUCUGUCAUAAAAACGAGACUUCUAUGAAGACUAGCACAGGGGGUGGUGUUGGGGGCUCCGUUGGGGGGGUGCGGCUGUUGGAUCGCGUCCAGCUUGGUGCCAUGGGCGUCGAGGGUGCGGACAAUGGCCGCGAGAGUCUUUUGGAUGUCUUGGGUAGGGUCAUCCUCAUCGCCGUCAUCCUCCUCAUCCUCCUCAUCGCCACUAUCAGACCCACCGUCCUCCAAACUCUCAGGCGCCUCCGGGCCCGGUACGUUCGCCGGCGCAAAACAUUGACAUUGGGGCCCAUGUCCGCUCAAGACCCCAU